AAAAAAUCCUCAAUCGCGAUCUGAAAAUGGUAAAAGUGGCUUCAUCGCUGAGCCAACGGUGGUGCGUUUUGUGCAAAAUUCAAGACUAAAUCCGGCGAAAAAGUGCUUCAAAACGUCCGGAAAGUGCAGUGCAAGAUAUUCACCCUCAUCCAGUAUCCAUCGAAAGCAAUCAUUAAGCAAAAAGUAAACCUACGGUUGCCGUAUUUGUGCCGUGCUACGUGCGAGAGGAAAAAAAUACCAGCAGAGAAGAAUUUAGUGAAAGUUGUUUUUUCGUAAGUGGUGCCGUGUACCGUCCGGUUGAAAACAAAAACGUCGCGAAAGAAAUAGAGCAAAAGCAGCAGUAUUUUUUUUUUGUUUACGUCAACGAAAAGGUGAUUUUCUGUGAAGAAGAAAAAAAAAAUACACAAGAACUGAUUCAACCCCAAGUGAAAGAAAGAAAAAGCCAGAAAGAGCUGCAAGCUGACAGAAUAAAUCAUUCACGUAAUCGCAGGCAAUGCAGAGUGCAGAGGACACUUCGAAUCUUAUGGACACCGAUCACAGUGCGUCGUUGUCCGCGUCGUCGCCACCGCUGAACAGUGCCGCCUCGUCGUCGGCCAACGUUGGAGCUGCCGCUGGCGUGCCCGGUGCCGGGCCUGGUCCGGGUGUGGUCCCACAGCCCGGGCGCACCGGCGAAGCGCUGGAAUAUCACUGCCGUAUGCUGGAAGAAGAAGUUCAAUCACUCAAAGAUUCGGAAAGUAAACUCAAACAACAGUAUGCCGAAUCUCAACGCCGGGAACGGAUCCUCGCCCGACGGCUUGCCGUCAAGGAACAAGAAAUGCAGGACUUUGCCAGUCAAAUCGCCGAGCUUAAGACUGCCCAGGCACCGGGUCAAGCUGCGCUUCGAUCUGCUCUGCUCGAUCCGGCCGUCAACAUACUCUUUCAGAAGCUCAAAAGCGAACUCCAGCAGACCAAGGCCAAGCUGGAGGAGACACAGAACGAGCUGUCGGCUUGGAAGUUUACACCAGACUCCAACACGGGCAAACGGCUGAUGGCCAAGUGCCGGCUGCUCUACCAGGAGAACGAAGAGCUCGGUAAAAUGACCUCGAACGGACGGUUGGCCAAACUUGAAGGCGAACUGGCUCUGCAGAAGAGCUACAACGAGGAGGUGAAGAAGUCACAGCUGGAAUUGGAUGACUUCCUGCAGGAGAUGGACGAAGACGUCGAGGGCAUGCAGAGCACAAUCGUGUUCCUUCAGCAGGAGCUGAAGCACACCAAGGACGACAAGGAAGUGCUCGAGAAGGAGGUCCUUCAGCUGCGAUCAUACGUCAACGGGGGAGGGGACGAUGGUGCGGCGCCAACCCGGAUGGAAACCGACCCCGUCAGCACCACCACCGCCGCCGCCGCCGCCGUCGCCGUCGAUCCCUCGUCUCUAGCGUCGUCGUCAGUUUAUCUAGUGAACGGGAGUAAUAGUAACAAGUUGAAGCAAAGUUCAAGUGAUCAAUCAGAAUCGUUGUUGGUGUAUCAGAAUCGGACGCACUGUGGUGGCAAUACAAAUAGCAAUUCUGAAAUGUUGAACGGUGGUGAUGAUUUAGUUAAUGAACAAGAACAAACGAUCGGCGGCAGCAUCAAUAGCAGCAGUAGACUUAGCGGUAACACUACUAGUACUGGUAAUAAUGGUAAGAAAGUAAACAAUCGGACUGCUAAAACGGUUGGUGGCAAAAAGCGAAACUACGCGGAAGAUCCAGACGACGACGGGGCUGCGGGGGCCGAGGAUGAAGAGGACAGUGGUCAUUACGAGGAUAAUGGUAAGAUCGUCGAACAGCAGCAACAGCAGCAGCCGCAUGAGGAGGAACAGAUCCUCACCAGCAGCAAUAAGCGCAUGACGCGAUCAGGUAAGGGUAAGACCGUGCCUAAAGUAAGCGUAAAGAAACUGCGACGGGCGUCGGUACUGUCGGCCGAUCCGUCGGCGGAGGACGACGACGCGGCCGAAGGAUUUGCUGCCAACGGUGCGAACUGAGAAUCCCACCUCUAAAAAAAAUACCGUCAUCUCCUUCCUCGUAGGGACGAAGUGAACCGGCGACAACUGACUCCUUCUUUUUGGGGUAGCGUACUCUUCGUGAAAUAGGUUUUUUACUAAUCUAAAGCACGCUGUCCUGAAGAAAAAAAAAAUAAAAA